AUGGUGCUCCCUCCGCCACCUGUCGGACCUACGUGGUCCGCGGAUCGAGCCAGUCGCGGCCGGGGGCCAUGUGUAAAGGCUCCGGUCGGCAGGCGCGACCGCAAGCACAGCACCCUGCGACCGGAGCUAAAGGCACACACACGGGACCGUUGGAGACAUACUCCGCGGUCCCGGAUCUCGGGGGGAUCGGAGGAGGUAGAACAGGCCGACCUCCUGAAACCCCUGAGCAGCAAACUCACCCGCACAGCAGAAGAAAGGCGGUACGGCAGUAGAGCAAGAAAAGAAGAAAAUUAAUCAGAAUAAGGAUAAUAAGGAUAAUUUAGAAUAAUAAUUAGGCAAAGUAAUAAGGAUAAUAAUAAAAAUAAAUAGGGGGACAGAUAAGGGGGAGAGUGCCAGCAAAGGCAAGAACCAGGGACACAAAACCCAGAGCAAUGGAAGCAGAGGGCAUAA